CGCUUGCUCGCUCGCUCGCUCUGCACCCUCGUCCUCAAUCACAAAAAAGGGCCGUGUUCCGCUGCUUAAUCGUGCAUCUCUUGCAAAAGCCUUUCUGAAAGGUCUUCCUCAAACGCUCUUUAUCCACAUCCUCAAUUGCCCACAGCUUGCCGUAUCUCAUCAUGGCGCCCAUCCAGAUACCCCUCGAUGCCUUGACAUCACGCUUCAACUUCGGCGAUAGGUUCAGUGCUGUUCGCGCGCAAUCGUUCUCCUCGCGCUUUGCCAAUCUCAAACCUAUCUCGGAGUUCUUCGAUUUCAAGAGGGUGUCGAAGCCUGCUAAUUUCAGUGAAAUGCAAAGCCGCCUGAACUACAACCUCAGCUACUUCUCCAGCAACUACAUCGUCGUGUUCAUCAUGCUCAGCAUCUACAGCUUGCUGACGAAUCUGCUGCUCCUGUUCGUCAUUCUUCUCGUAAUCGGCGGUACGUAUGGAAUUGGCAAGCUCGAGGGCCGGGAUCUUGACGUUGGUGUCUUCAGAGCGACAACCUCUCAGCUCUACACCGGCUUGUUGAUCGUUGCUGUCCCGCUUGGCCUCUGGGCCUCGCCGAUUGGUGCGGUUUUAUGGCUUAUUGGCGCUACCGGCGUAACGGUCCUGGGACACGCCGCAUUCAUGGACAAACCGAUCGAGAAUGCUUUUUCCGAGGAGGCGGUCUAGGUGGUCGGCCGCGAACUCCUUAUGAUAUGCCCCAAUGGGGAAGACCGCCGGGGGCACGAAUGGGGAGGAGCAAAAAGGGUAAGCAGAAUCGUGUGGACCGGUUGGAGGGUGAUGGUGAUGAUAGCGGUAGUGAAGACGGUGUGCCCCUACAGCCGAGCGUUGCUCUCGGUCGACAACAAAUGAAUCAUCUCCGAUUGGCCGUGCCUGUGGAUAUGAUGAAUGGACUGCCGAUGGAAAGUGAUGGAGAGAGCUCGGACGAUGAACAUGACGAAUAUGCACUUAAUGAAGCUUAUCAAGACAGCACUCUGGCAUAUGCCAUGCAGCUUGCGAUGAAGGACAGGGACGAUCGCCUGGUGGAGAGAGCACUGGAGCGAAUCAGGCACGCACAAACAUUCGGUAAAUCUAAAGUCAAGCUUUCUCAGCGUGAACUUGAGGCAUUGGAGAGGCGGCGGAUGCAGAGCGAGAUGGUAAACGGAUCGCGGGGCAGUAAAUCCGCCCGCGUCAACGGCAGAAAUAUGUUGCCCCCGGUUGUCCUACCUGCGCAAUCCAAUGGAAGGUGGUCUCAAGAGGCGGCUUUUUCGUCUGCAACCGAUACUGCGUCUGGAUACUAUAUGCCUACUUUGCAGGCACCGCAAGCCCGCCCCAGGACACCCACGCAAACGCUACGUAUGCAUCAGCCAAAUACAUCACCUCGAAUACCUGGCGCAUAUAAUUUUCAGGAUGAUCCGUCCGGUCGUCCCCCGUCAUCCGGGAAGACUCAGCCUCUCCCGCGGCCUCUUCCUGACGACCCGGACUGGGUGCCACGCUCAAGAUCGUCAUCAAAUGCCAUUCCAAUGUCCACUUCUACCUAUGUUUCAUAUUCGCCAGCACAAGUCAUGGGCUUCGACCCACGGUAUUCCAUGUCUACCAGCCCUGGCUAUAAUAUGAGCACGGCACCGGAUUCCAUGUAUCAGCCGGUAUAUCGACCUUCGUCCCGUCAGUCGUACAUCGACCCCGCCGCAUACAAUCACGUCGUCUUGCCGCCAGCCCCUGGGACUAAUCCGGUCCGACAUCCUAGCAGCGGCAGUAACGCCAGCAGCAGUGAUAACGGUGUCCAGAUUGAGGCGCCCAAAGAGCCCCCCAAAGCCAACGGCUCCAAGACAAACGGCGUAUCCAGAGGAAAAGCGACCCGUGGCAGACGAACACGCAAAUGAUUGGAUGCUUAAUUAACUGUGCUCCUUGAUCUCCAUUGUGACCUUAGUUAACUUCUUUUUAAAUUAUUUGGGCGAUAUCUGUGGGAGUUUACUCGGCAAGUGAAUAGACUAUGGAAUGGCUUUUUUUUUUUUCCUUUACGCUUCCUUUUCCUUUUCCUUUCUUUUUUUUCUUUUUUGUGUUCGCUUUUCUAUCUGGCAUGGUGUAGAUCGUGGUCGGCCUGAUUCGAACAUUUCCUUUUUCUUUUUCUCAUUUACAUUC